CUCACAGAUGAUCUGCGGAUAAUCCAAACCUCUAUCAUAAACAUGGCGCAAAUGUACCGUUAGUUUAGAUUAAGUCAUCAUUUUCUUUUACUUUUUCUCAUAAAACGAGUGGGCACUUUUUUUCAACUUCACAAAUCGCAAUUUUGGACUUUCCCUGUCAGAAGCGCAAACUCAUUGCUUCAAAUUAAAUGUUUGAGCAUUUAACAUGCGUUACGAGCUGAGGGGCAGGAUGGCGAUGACUCUGACCAACACAUGUCAUCUCCUCACAGGACUAGUUAUUGUUUUCCAGUUACAAAUAAGCUUCAUGAAGCUGAAAUCCGUGUAUGGAGUGUACCACGCUGACCCCCCGGGACUGUCCUCUCCAGAGGGAGCGUGGUAUGAGGUCACGGGGAACAACAGGCCCACCGAGAGGAGUCCCCGGGCCCCUGGCUGGGCUGCAAACAAAAGGGGCCACUACAGAGACAAGCACCAACCAGAGGAACCAGACCCAGAGCUGCUGAUGGAGGAGGGACACGACAACUCCACUCAGAUUGUGGAUAUUGACCACGCCUACUACACAUCCAAAGUGUACGGCUCUGGAGACGGCAGAGAUCUGUGGGUGAAGGUGGAGGAGGAGGACGAGGUGAAGCUGUGCGGCCUCCUGUCCAGCACCCACAGGCAGGCAGAGAGAGUGAAUCUCUCCUUCGACUUCCCUUUCUACGGACAUAUACUAAAGGAAAUCACGGUGGCAACUGGAGGAUUCAUUUACACCGGAGAUAUAAUCCACCGGAUGCUCACAGCCACUCAGUACAUCGCCCCUCUGAUGGCUAACUUCGACCCGAGUCUGUCCAAAAACUCUACUGUGGUUUACUUUGAUAACGGCACUGCCCUGGUGGUUCAGUGGAACCGGAUCCACCUCCAGGACGACAUCAGUCUGGGACCGUUCACCUUCCAGGCCGCUCUGCACAGCGACGGACGCAUCGUGUUCGCAUACAAAGAGAUUCCUUUAGACAUCAGCGACAUCAGCUCUGAGAAUCAUCCUGUGAAGGUGGGCCUGUCGGACGCUUUUGUGGUGCUUCAUAAGAUCGAGCAGAUCCCAAAUGUUCGUCGGAGAACCAUUUAUGAGUAUCACAAGGUCGACAUCCUCAAGUCCAAAAUAUCCAAUUCUACAGCGGUGGAGAUGCUCCCUCUCCCGACGUGUCUCCAGUUCUCCAGCUGUGGUCCAUGUGUCUCUUCUCAGAUCGGCUUUAACUGCAGCUGGUGCAGUCGGCUACAAAGAUGCUCCAGUGGCUUUGAUCGUAACCGGCAGAACUGGGUCGACUUCGGCUGCCCGGAAGAGAGGAGAGAUCCCCGCUGUCUCCGGCUCACAGACGUCAGCAACACCUCGUCUCGCCAACUCCCACAAACGACCGCUGCUGUCAUGACGACCGCGAUGCAUCAGAGGACCUCCAGCACGACCCCCGCCCCCCCCCGCAGGACUUCCCCCGCCACCCGCCCGCCAACACGCAGCAGCAAGAGCAGAGAAAUGAUAUCCAGUGAGCAGCCUCCAACCAGCAGAGCUGCAGAAGAUGACACAAAGAUCUCUCUGCACAUCAAUGAAGCAGCCCGACACCAGGACCCCCCCGCAGAGAGCGACGAGCGGCUGCAGACUGGGCUGCUGGCGGGUAUCGUCAUGGUGAUAGUUAUUAUGGGAGCUGCCGUCUUCAUGUCCGUCUACAUGUACACCCACCCCACCUGCAGCGCCAGCCUCUUCUUCAUGGAGCGGCGGCCCACCCGCUGGCCCAUCAUGAAGUUCAGACGGGGGUCCGGCCGCCCCUCCUACGCUGAGGUCGAGGCUCCGGACAAAGACAGCGUGGCCGUCAUCGACCCCAAACAGUCGUUCGUGAUGUCGGACCGAAGAGAGAGCGAGCAGAAAGAAGGAUUCAUAGUUCCCGACCAGAGGGAGCGCUUCUUAGUGUCAGAGAGCUCCUGACCCAAAACUACGUAUCCCAGAAGGCUUUGGGACAGAGCUGGAUCACUAUGUGAGGGAGACUUAUUAUUUUCCACAUUUGAGCAUUAAAAGAGAAAAACACCAAACCUCUAUGAGGAAACAGCAAGGACAGAAUAAUGUAUUCUCACUUUGCUUCACAUCUGAUAAACCGAGAGUAUUUAAUACAUACGAACUACAUUUACUUUUCUCAGGUCACUCGUUCGUGUUUACUGCGGCGUCAGAGGUGACGCCGCAGGAUGUUUGUUUUCAGACCAUUUCUUUCUGAAAGACGUCUGUUAUGUGUCGUUCCCACACCUUCUUCACAAGCAGGAAUCUCAUGUGCGGGUGUCACAUCCUCAUCUCAAAAAUACAGGCUACAUUCCUCACCAUUACACCCACCUUCAUCGGAGCACAGCGUCUCACUGCUGUUUACCUCGGAGAGAAACAUUCAUACAGUAAGGCAAAGGGUCUUUUUAGAGUUUACUUUAUUUUCUGAACUAAGUAAUAGAGGCAGAAAACAACAUACUGAUUGGUUUGCUGUACAUUACAACAUUUCAAACAUACAUAUCUAUAUUUAUUUUACACAUGAUACAGUCUAGCAGCAAUACUUGUCUACAUUAUUUCCCAUGUAUAUGUACCCAUAUUUAUGGUAUAACGGUAAAAAUGGUGUAAAUGCAGGUUUUAGACGAUCACUUCAGUGUCUUUUCGGUCAUUAUACAAUGUUUGUAUAGCUGUUUUCAUCAGCAUGGUAAAUGGACUACUACUGAUGUUAAAAAUGAAUCUAAAUAAAAUAUUUUCAUUAAAACAA